UUUUUUUUGGUUUCGUAUGACACUUAAAGGGGCUUUAGUAACAGCAGGCGGUUACAGUGUCUGAAUGAACGACUGCGGCGCUAACGGCUAACGUCAGCGACACAAGCUAAGGAGCCACAUAAAUAGCUAAUCAACAGUGAAUGAUGAAGGUGGUCAACCUGAAGCAAGCCAUUCUACAGGCGUGGAAGGAGCGUUGGAGUGAUUACCAGUGGGCUAUCAACAUCAAGAAAAACUUUCCAAAGGGAGCAUCAUGGGACUACCCUAACCUCGCAGAGGCUCUCAUGGAGCAGUCAAUGAUUGGUCCUUCUCCAAACCCUCUGAUCUUGUCUUAUCUCAAAUAUGCUAUAAGUUCACAGAUGGUCUCCUAUUCCAGUGUUCUAACCGCCAUUAGCAAGUUUGAAGACUUUUCCAGAGAGCUAUGUGUCAAAUCAUUGUUGGAGAUUAUGGACAUGUUCUGCCAUCGUCUCAGCUGUCACGGAAAGGCAGAGGAGUGCAUCGGCCUUUGUCGAGCUCUGCUGGGAGUGGUAGUGUGGCUCCUACAGGGCUGCGGUUGGUACUGUGACAACUUUCGAGAAAUGGGCCCAUCAUCCAGCACAGAGUCCAGUUUGAGAGCCUGUCAGGAGAGGCUUCACAGUCUGAUGGCCAGUCCUAAGAACAGAGCCUUGGUCCACAUUGCCCGACUGGAGGAUCAAGGAUCCUGGAACAAUGUCGAACAGGCAAUCCUAAAAGUGACUGAUGGCCUCAGCUGCAUACCCAAUCAGACUCUAAGGACUAAAGUGGAGGAAACUUUGUCAUUAAUAAAAAGUGUCCCUGUGAUGCUGUCCAUUCAGUGUGAAUCUCCGGUCGAUGAAUCCUACCCAUCUGUCCAUGCAUUCAUCAUGCUGGAAGGAACUAUGAAUCUAACAGGGGAGAUACAACCACUAGUGGAACAGUUGAUGAUGAUCAAGAGAAUGCAGCGAAUUCCUACGGCACUCUUUGUCCUGGAGAUCUGGAAAGCAUGUUUCACCGGCCUGAUCGAGUCACCAGAGGGCACUGAGGAGCUAAAAUGGACUGCUUUCACAUUCCUGAAGAUACCACAAGUUUUACUUCGACUAAAGAAGUACACUCAGUGUGAAAAGGGACAGGACUUUACUGAUGAUGUAAAUAUUGCAUUUGAGUACUUACUGAAGCUCACUCCACUGCUGGACAAGGCAGAUCAGAGAUGCAAUUGUGAUUGUCUGGGAAUGCUGCUGCAGGAGUGUAAUAAGCUCGGUCUGCUGUCAGAGCCAAAUACAGCCAACCUGACUGCCAAACGCACCGAGGACAGGGAGCUCGCCCCAAAGCUGAAAACUGCAGAAAAUGCUAACAUUCAGCCAAACCCUGGCCUCAUCCUGAGAGCAGAGCCCACUGUCACCAAUAUUCUUAAGACAGUAGAUGCAGACCACUCCAAGUCCCCUGAGGGCCUCCUUGGUGUCCUGGGACACAUGUUGUCUGGGAAAAGCCUUGAUCUCCUCUUGGCAGCAGCAGCAGCCACUGGGAAACUCAAAUCCUUUGCCCGAAAGUUCAUUAAGCUUAAUGAGUUUCCCAAGCACAUUAGUGGAGAAGGAUCAAAGUCCGCCUCGGUCCGAGCCCUGCUCUUUGACAUUUCUUUUCUCAUGCUCUGCCAUGUGGUACAGACAUAUGGCUCCGAGGUGAUCCUGUCAGACCCCAGCCCUUCUGGGGAAACGCCCUUCUUUGAAACAUGGCUCCAGACAUGUAUGCCUGAAGAGGGCAAGACUUUGAAUCCAGACCACCCUUGCUUCAGACCUGAGCCUGGAAAGGUGGAGAGCCUGGUCAUUCUGCUUAACCCUAAUUAUGAAAUGCCUUUAGCUCAGGUGAAAUGGCAUGAAAUCUGCCUCAGCAUCCCAGCAGCCAUCCUGGAAGUUCUUAAUGCGUGGGAGAAUGGAGUGUUGUCGGUGGAGGCGGUACAGAAGAUCACAGACAACAUCAAGGGAAAGGUCUGCAGUAUGGCCAUUUGUGCUGUGGCCUGGUUAGUGGCCCACGUUAGAGUGCUGGGGAGGGAUGAGAGGGAGAAACCUCAGACUAUGAUCAGGCAGCUGGUGACUCCACUUUAUGGAGAAAACACCCUGCAGUUUUACAACGAACGCGUUAUCAUCAUGAGUUCCAUCAUGGAGCACAUGUGCGCCGAUGUCUUCCAACAAACAGCCACGACCCUGCGACCUCCGGUGGAGGGCCAGGAGCCUAUUCCCUAUCGCAAUCUGCUGCCCGCCAAAGAGCCCAUCCACAAGGCACUCAGCACACAGUUCCAGGUUGUGCUACGCAAAGGCUGGGUGGAUAGUCGUGCAUUGCAUCUGUUUGAGAGUCUCCUCAACAUGGGAGGCGUUUUCUGGUUCACCAACAAUCUAGUCAAAGAGCUGCUGAAGGAGACUCGACAAGAAUGGGCCAAUCGGGCGGUGGAGAUUCUUUACAGCAUCUUCUGUUUGGACACUCAGCAGAUCACGCUCACUCUGCUGGGUACGAUUCUGCCAAACCUGCUAACUGACACCGCCCGCUGGAACAGCCUGGCAGACCCUCCAGGAAAGGCCUUGGCCAAGUUGGCAGUGUGGUGCGCGCUCAGCUCUUACUCCUUUCACAACAAAGGUGCCUCCUCUGCACGUCAACGCAAGAGGCAACGAGAAGAUAUCGAGGACUACAACAGCCUUUUCCCUUUGGAUGACACUCAACCGUCGAAACUCAUGCGCCUGCUCAGCUCCAAUGAGGAUGAACCCGUCGCCCUCUCCAGUCCAGGAGACAGAUCUAUUAGCACUUCCCUGUCGGCCUCCCAGCUUUAUACUGUUAACAUGAGAGAUCCUCUGAACCGAGUUCUGGCGAACCUAUUCCUCCUCAUCUCCUCCAUCCUGGGCUCCAAGAUGGCAGGGCCUCACACCCAGUUUGUGCAGAGUUUUAUGGAGGAGUGCGUCGAGUGCCUGGAGCAGGGGAGUCGUGGAAGCAUCCUCCAGUUUAUGCCUUUUACUAUGGUUUCUGAGCUCCUCAAGCUGCCUGCUCUGGCCCAGCCAAAAGUUGUCCUGGCGAUCACUGACCUGACUCUGCCGCUUGGGAGGAGAGUAGCUGCUAAAGCCAUAUCUGCCUUGUGAAGAUAUGACACUUCAAAUUUCUCUCCACUAUUAAAAUAACAUGGUGUUGGCCCUGGAUUGUUCCUUAUGAAACGCCAUAACUAGUUUUUGUUUGUUUGUUUUUUUUGUACCUGAGAAGAUCAUUUCAUUGUUUGCUGUAAAAUGUCUUUAACCCUCUUUCUGGGAACUCCUUUUUUUACCACUGUGUUUGUAGAAGGUCUUUUAUUAACUUUGUAAAUAAAAUUCAGACCAAAUGUCAACCUGAAA